UCAUAAGAGCAAUGGUUAGUGGAAUGCUAAGAUUCAUUGUUUUUCUCGGGGAAGUAUGGAAAAUUAUCGUACUGUGAUACUUUCGUGGGGUAUUGAUUUAUGUUCCAAGGCAAGCAGAGCGCAGUUAGUGCGGUGUCCCUUACAAUUACAUGCCAAGGGAGCGAGCGAUCCAGGAACAAAUUCUCCAUGGAGGAUCAUUCCUACACAGAGGACCUAAGUUCAAAUCCACGUGCAACAAAUGGGUCAUGUGUAAGGGUGACGCGAAGCAAACAGCGCAAAAAAGCAACAAGGCUGAGCUCACACAGCUCUAACUCCAACUCCAACACAUCAUUUGAUCCCCACACCCCAGACUAAGCCCUGCUAUCCCGGACCAUGCCCACUUGCCGAUCAUCUCGUCAGAGACGGAAAUUAAUUGCGAGAGCAAUCUAGACAGCUACACCUUAGCUGCAGUAUCGUCAUUCUACUCGUCUCGCAGGAAUUGUCAAAACAAUUGCAAACGCUGGAUCAAGGGGAGAUACCUGGCUCGAUCAGAGCAAACCUCAGUACUAAUGAGCCCCCUGUUUCGAGCCUGGGCUCAGCUAAAGGCUUUGACCACACCCAGAACACACAUCCUAGGAUCAACAUUUAAUUGUCAUAAUGCCUACCCGAAAGCCAGAAGGGCCUCGGCAUACACUCGGAUCAAUCUAAAACCGUACCAUCAUGUAGUCAAAGUCGAAGGUAGCAUGGGGAAAAGCGAGAACCACGGCCAAAACCUCGUCGGUCAGCUCAAGUCCAUCCCCUCUCAUAUUACGGCGCUCCGCAUUGAGGAUACCCCUUCAAACGAGGAAUGGGCCAUUCUCGGCUCGCACUUCACGAACGUUCAAUCGCUGGAAAUGGACACAGGAUGGAACGAGGAUCUCAAUGACAAAGAGUUGCCUCUCCAUUGGCAACUCGAGCGGUACAAGCUCGGCUCAGCCAGUGGGGAAGUCAUCGGCUCUCCGCAUAUACGGCAGGGCCGGGUUCGUCAUCUGAUCCUAUUGCUCACCUCCGGUCUCCGCUUCGAAGGGCCUACGACGAAUGAAAAAGCGGAUUAUAUCACCGUGCGAGAAGGCCCGCCUGAGGAAAGGAAGAUCGAGAUCACUUUCAUCCCUGAACUGGUUCAAACAUGGACGUACAAUAAAUACUCUGGUAAACAAGACCCACCGCUGGAUGAAGACAACCAUCCACCUACGACCAUUAACAUGCGCACGCUGGAGAUCAUCGAGAACGAUGCCAUUGAUGCCCUCUGCCGGAUGGCUAUCGCAUUACCACAUCUCGUUGCGAACCUGACCACGUUAACCAUCCGCUCAACGCAUUGCCAGGACUUCCAUUUCACAAACGAGUGCAUGAUCCAGGAGCUUCUACCACAGCUGAGCGGAUUAGAGAUGCUCCGGCUUUCCAUCGGCGAGAUAUUCGAGAACGAGUCCCGCCUCCCCUCGUUGUACACCUGGCUCCCUCCCAACCUAUCGACACUCCGAUUCCGAGGACCGGCGUCCCUGACUAAACCCCCAGAAUGGGAGAACUUGAUUAAAGCCUUCGAAUCGGAGACCUUUCUCCCCUAUCUCAGGAGAUUGUCCUUCGUUCUAGACCUAUACUACGAACCAAGAGAAAAUGUUACCCCUGGGGGUCGCAAGCGAGACGAGAAAAAAGCGCCGGUGCAUAUCCUUCACGAAGCCCGUGCCGCAUGCGAGCCCUUAUACGAAGCCGCGCGAAAACGCGGAAUCAUGAUCGAACAACUCUACGACCCGUGGUCAGAUGAAUGUGCGACCCUGAGACAAGUCGAUGGUCGGUGGCUGUGUUAA